AUGAUGUUCCCCUCGCUGAUGCCUCUGCCGGGGCUUCUGCUCCUGCUCUGUGUGACUACCCGCUGUGACCUGAGGGCCAGAGACCCUGACGUGGAAGAUGAUAGCGGAGGAGUCAGAGGCUGGGCGCAAGAGAUGCCCGGAACUCCCGGGAUGCGUCACGUGCCCGUCCCUCACGGGCACGGCCACCGCGGUACGCCCGGUCCCAGACGACCGCCGCCGGGCGAGCCUCGGGAGAGCUCGGCGCCCUCCUCGAGAGAUGCCCCACACCAGCCGGCUCGGACAGGGAACUGGUGUGCGUUUGUGAACCACAGAGUGGUCACUAUGGCAGUAUUGUGUGGAACAGAGAACUACACAGUCAAGUUGGUGAAGCCAUGUCCCGACGGAGGCUCAGACUGCCAAACAGCAACGUAUAGCCUGUCCUCUCGGCCUGUCUACAGACAGAAGCAGAGGGUCCUUACAGCGAUCAUGUGGAAAUGUUGUCCUGGUCAUGGAGGACACGACUGCCAAGAAAAUGAACCAGACACCCAUAUUUCUGACACCAGUGAAGUUCCGGUAAGGAGCUCCGAGCCAGCCGUUGCUGGGGUUAGAGAAUCAGAUAAAAUGAUGACUGACCUGCUGGAGGAUGAAGACUGGGAGGACAGAACCGUCCAAUCUCCCAGUGGACCUCUGGUUUCCACUCCUCAUCCUAACCACACUGGUACUGCUGAUGAUGAAGUCCCACCCCCUGCAUCUCUGCCCUUCUUUGAUUCGACCAGCUUGCUGUCUAUCCAUCACAUGAUGGCAGCUAUGAUGUCCCAGCUGAGACCAGUCCUGGAUGGCUUCAACCAAUCCAUCCAGCACUUGUCCAGCCAAGUGGAGGGAUUGUCAAGAGAUCUGCAGCAGCUGAAACAGGGGCAGGAGGUUCAUGAGACCAAUAGAGGACCGGAUCACAGAGACCCAGGCGUGGAGGAGAGGCUGGAGAGUAGCUUUAAUCAGAUCAACCAAAUGAGGGCGCAGCUGAGCACUCAGAGGGACCAGCUGCAGCAGAACCUGUCCGACCUUAAGACCGAAAUGGAGGACAAGAUCAGACAGAGCCACAUUCAUACACAGGUCAGUGUGCAGGCCUUGUCUGAGUCAGUUGAAGAGGUGAGACUAGGGCAGAAAAGGCUGGAAGGGGAACUGCAGAAAGCACAUACUGACUCAGGCAGUCUGAGUGGAAGCCGGCCAGCGCCCGAGGCCAGCGUUUUGGAGGCCAUCACUCGUCUGGAUAAGGAAGUAUCGAACACCAGCUCACAGCUAAUUAAUUUGGCUAGAGACUCAAAAAACUCAUCUGGCACCAUCAAAGACCUGCGGAUUGGCCUUCAGAACCUAGAAAAGAGGUUGGAGCAGGUCAGCCAACGUUCAGAGGUCCAUUUUGCCGAGACGGGUCUAGAGGUGGAGGCUGGCAAGGUGAUGGUGCUAAACCGGGUGAGCGAGUUAGCUGCCAACGUCAGCGCACAUGAGGGCCAACUGAGGGAGAUCGACUCUGAACUGGACUACAUUUACCAGCAGCUCCAAACAAAAAACAUCACUGCAACAGAGCCUGCUUGUAACUGCUGGGUUCUUGCAGCUACAGUGGCACGGAUAGCACUGGAGGUGUCCAAUGUGACAAAUUUAGCCAAGAGGAAUCAGUUAGCACUGGAAGAUGCUAAGGCGGAGCAGAGCCUGGGCCGCUGGACCACAGAGGUGGAGGAUCUCCAUCAGGGGCUGCUGCACGUGAAGGAGUCGUUAGCUUACGAGCAGGAGAAAACGAGGACUCUGUACUCCAACGUGUCCCAGAUACGGGCCUUGCUCCUGGCGGGCCAGCAAGAGAUUCGAGGGUUGAAGGAGAAAGAGGACACUAAGGCGUUUCAAAUCAGAGGGCUUUCGGCCUCCUUCUCCUCCCUACUGAACGAUGCCAUUCGGCACUCUGAUGUGCUGGAGGUGCUGUUGGGAGAGGAGGUCAUAGAAUUCACCAGUUGGUCCCCCAGCGAACAGGGCGAGUUCUCUAUCCCAGCCCUGCUGGAGAAAAUACGCCUGAUGCAGGAGCAAAUUGAGAGUCAUGAGGCCAGCAUCGCCUCAUUAAGGACCGGGGACUCUACUCAAGAUCACAUGAUCGGCGAUGACCCUGCUGCAUUCCCCGAAUGGACCCUGGCAAACGACCCGGACACAAGUGAUGCAACCAACCAGGACCCUUUAUCCGACCCCACCACAGGGGAGGGCGACGAGGAUUACUCAGUCAGUGACUUUUGGAGCCUGGGAAGAGAAGUAGAGGAACUGGCCGAAAGGAUAAGCAAGCUGGAAGGGCAGUGCAACAACUGCACUGCAGCCUCUGCUGCCCCUAGUGACUCUCUGGGGGAAUUACGAGAGGAGAUCAGGUCUUUAAAUCAAAGGCUAGAGGACCAUUUGAGAAUGUUCCAGAGCGUGUUCAGUCACACUGAGGGACUGGCCACCUCCACCCGCAGUCUGAACCUGGACCAGCUGUGGACCAUGGUCAAGAAAAAAGAAGGGAAGAGGAGGAAGGGACGUCUAUCGCCGGAUGAAAACGAGGAGCGAGGAAGAGAACCGUCUAACAUGCGUAGCAAGAGAAGCACAGGAAGAGACACCUUGGUGGCAUUCAGUACAAACCUGCUCAAUGGGAUACCCCAAAGAAGCAAAGUUACCCACAGGAAGGUGUCCAUGAACCAUGGUGGGGCCUACAGCCCUUCCACAGGAGAAUUCCAUGCACCAGAGGCAGGACUCUACCUGUUCCUGGUAACGCUGAACUUUGAGCGGGGCCCCUCGCUGGCCGUGCUGAGCCGAGGGGAUGCCCCCGUGGCCUCGCUGAGGGAGAGACGGGGUGAACAAGGAGGACCCGUGAGCGGAGUGUUUCUCUUGGAGCUGCAAAAAGGUGAGAGAGUGACACUAGAGCUGGUACAGGGUUCCCUAAGACAGGGAAAAUUCGAGAAGAACACGUUCUCUGGACUGCUGCUGGUCCCCACGGAGGUCGACCGUGAGACCUAA